AUGAACUACAAAGUUGUAGAGUUCAGCAAGGAAGAGACGUGUGAGGUUGUAGUCAGCGAAGGUGCCAUCCCUGUUCAAGGCUCAAGAGCACGUAGGAGCUCAGCACUAGCUCAUAAUCACUCAUUCCUGCUCAUCCCAACAUCAUCUCGCUUUGAGCUUCUCCUCCGAAUAGAAACAUGA